CAAGUUGUUUUUAUCAUUUGAAAGCGUUAGUUUUCUAAUAUUUCUCUAGGUCCAUGAUUGGUUGGCAUUUUCUCUUCUUUUUCUUUGUGGGGUUUUAAUUAUUAAAAAUAAGAUUCUGCAGAUUCUUUCUUCUUCAUUGCCACUUUUUUCAUUGAGCUCCUCUGUCAUGGCUUAAUUGGAUUCUUGAUCACUUUUACAACAGAGGGGCUCGGCUCAGUUCGGUUCGGUUUUGAAGAUGUAUGUAGUGGACAGUAAAGGAGGAGCGAUAGCAUGCAUGCUGCUAGCGCUCCUCUUCUUAGGAACCUGGCCCGCCAUUCUAACGCUGUUAGAACGACGUGGCCGGCUUCCUCAACACACUUACCUUGAUUACACAAUCACCAAUCUUUUGGCUGCUGUCAUAAUUGCUUUCACUUUUGGGGAAUUUGGUCAUUCUAAUGAUGAUAUGCCUAAUUUCCUAGACCAGCUUUCUCAGAAUAAUUGGCCGAGUGUUCUAUUUGCAAUGGCGGGCGGGGUAGUUUUAAGCCUCGGGAAUCUGUCAGCACAAUAUGCUUGGGCGUUUGUCGGUUUAUCAGUAACCAACGUGAUCACCGCAAGUAUUACUGUCGUUAUAGGUACAACUAUGAAUUACUUUUUAGACGACAAGAUCAACAGAGCCGAGAUACUUUUCCCAGGCGUUGCCUGUUUCUUGAUUGCCGUUUGUCUUGGAUCAUUGGUUCACGCGUCCAACGCCAAAGAUAACCGAGCAAAGCUUGAUAGACCAGAAGUUAUUCCCAUAAGUGGAAAAGGAUUGAUUAGUAACGCAUCACACACGAGUUCAAGUAACAAAGCAAAAGCAGGAACUGCCAAAUUCCUUAUUGAGCUCGAGAGCCGAAGAGCAAUCAAGGUGUUUGGGAAAAGCACAUUGAUCGGUUUGGCCAUAUGUUUCUUUGCGGGAAUUUGUUUCUCUCUCUUCUCGCCGGCAUUUAACCUUGCAACCAACGACCAAUGGCAUACAUUGGACGAUGGUGUCCCUCAUCUAAGCGUCUACACAACUUUUUUCUACUUUUCUUGCUCGUGUUUUGCGAUUGCAAUAAUCUUGAACAUUACGUUCCUUUACCGCCCUGCGUUCAACUUGCCUCGAUCUUCAAUCAGGGCGUAUUUGAACGACUGGGACGGUCGAGGCUGGGCGUUUCUGGCUGGAUUUUUGUGUGGGUUUGGGAACGGUCUACAGUUUAUGGGAGGCCAAGCCGCUGGUUAUGCUGCAGCUGAUGCGGUUCAGGCACUUCCACUUGUGAGUACGUUUUGGGGCGUGCUCCUUUUUGGUGAAUACCAUAAAUCGUCCAGGAGAACCUAUGUACUUCUUGUAGGCAUGCUGUCCAUGUUUAUUGUGGCCGUUGGAGUUCUAAUGGCGUCAUCUGGACAACGAAGAUAUUAACAAGUUACCUUAUAAGUAUCAAAAGGAAAAUAUGUUAUGCUGCAAGCCUGCAAGUUUACUAUCACUACUGUAUAAUCAAACAUUGUACUCAAUAUAAAAACAUUAAAGUUACAAAUGCAAGAAAUUUUAACCUUGUUAUCAAAA